CAUUGCCUCCUCUCCUACUACCACUACCUUCUCUAACAGAAGUGCCUCGGAUAGUGCUUACUGAGAAAUCAAUACUGCAAGAAUGGAGGCUAUCAGAUUGUUACUACCAAUCCUUAUAUUGUUAAGUAUAAGGGUUUGUAGUGGAACGACAUCAAAGGCUGCGCCACCUCCGGUAACCGAUGCAACCCUUCAGCAAGUGGCUGCUUCUCUGAAAAUGUAUGUUGAUGAGCUCCCACAUAUUCCGAAGCUCUUUGGUUAUUCAAUUCGACGAGGGAAAGCAGCACCCGGAAAUCUCACCAUAGGCAUGUUCAAGAAGAAAUGGAAAUUCCACCGUGACUUACCUGCAACGACAGUUUUCGCAUAUGGUAUAUCGUCGAAGGUGGCCACUGUUCCUGGACCACUGAUUGAGGCCUUGAAAGGGGUACAUAUAUCAGUGACAUGGGAAAAUCACCUUCCUCAACACCAUUUCCUCUCAUGGGAUCCCACCGUUACAAAUGCCAUCCCUAAACAUGGUGGGGUACCAACAGUUGCCCAUCUCCACGGUGGCCUCCACCCACCACAAGACGACGGCAACCCAUUGGCUUGGUUCACCGCUGGUUUUCAAGAAACCGGAUCCGCCUGGACCCAAUCAACCUACACUUACCCAAACGUCCAACAUGCCGGUAACCUAUGGUACCAUGAUCAUGCACUUGGUUUAACACGUGUCAAUCUCCUAGCAGGUCUGAUUGGCCCAUAUGUCAUCCGUGAUCCUAAGCUAGAAAAACCUUUGAAACUCCCAUCUGGACCAGAAUUUGAUCGUCACCUUAUGGUGAUAGACCGAAGCUUUUUAAAAAAUGGUUCCAUUUACAUUAACUCAACUGGUGAUAACCCUUCCAUUCACCCACAAUGGCAACCAGAAUACUUUGGUGAUGCCAUUAUAGUUAAUGGUAAGGCUUGGCCAUAUCUUAAGGUCCAAAGAAGGAAGUAUCGUUUUAGAAUCAUCAAUGCCUGCAAUGCAAGAUUCUUUAACUUCUCAUUAUCCAAUGGCCUCCCAUUCACCCAAGUAGGAUCUGAUGCUUCCUACCUCAACUCCCCAGUCCACACAAAGAGUAUCCUCUUAGCCCCAUCUGAGUCUGCUGAUGUAGUAAUUGACUUCUCAUAUUCUAAAACUAAUAAGUCUAUCUUAACCAAUAGUGCACCUUACCCCUACCCAACAGGAGAUCCGGUGGACAAUCUCACCGGAAAUGUCAUGAAGUUCAUAAUUGCACCGGGCAAUAGGGCACCAGAUAACUCUAAGAUUCCGGCGAGCCUCGUUAAUUAUCCGGUAGCGACGAAAGAAGGUGCGGUGAAGAAGAGGUAUAUUGUGUUGUAUGAGUAUGAUAGUGCUACCGGGGACCCAACCCAUUUAUAUAUUAAUGGGAAGAGCUUCAAAGAUCCGGCGACGGAGACUCCGAAAGUCGGUACAACAGAGGUGUGGAAGGUGAUCAACCUUACCCCAGAUAAUCACCCAUUGCACAUUCACUUGGCAACCUUUCAGGCAAUCAAGGUUCAAGAGAUUGUAAAUCUCACUACGUUCACUGACUGCAUGACAAGAAAGAAUGAUGCAAUUGCAUGCAAUGUGACAGAUUAUGCAACUGGGCAAGUCCUAAGUAUACCAGAUUAUGAGAAGACAUGGAAGAAUGUAGUAAAGAUAGUGCCUGGAUAUCAAACUACUGCGAUAGUCAAAUUUAAUAUGGUGGAGACGAAUGCAACGUAUCCAUUUAAUGCUACAGGUGCACCUGGAUAUGUAUACCAUUGUCAUAUUUUAGACCAUGAAGAUAACCAGAUGAUACGACCAUUGAAGAUGGUUUCUUGAAGAGGAUCCCGAAGCUCCAUCUAAUACUAGUAACUAGCCAAACUUUAGCUACCAGUAUACGAAGAACAUCACCCACUCCUCCUCAAUACUGUAGUCUAUAUUAAAUUUUAUACUUUUUUUUUUUAAUAGGUAUUAAAUGUAUGACAUUUUGUUUGUUUACA